UCUAAGAGCCAAUAUGAUGACUUGGCAAAGAACAACUUCCCAUCCUGUUUCUAGUCAAGCGCCCAACUUGCAGUCGCUAUGGAAUACUUUUCUUUAUUUGAUGAAACAAUCGGGUUUUAAGGGUUUGUAUAGAGGGUAUGGGAUCAGUGUAGUGGUUCAAGCACCUGCAGUGGCAACGUAUCUGACUACUUAUGACUUGUGUAAAGAUUGGAUGAGCACGAGAUGGAACAAACAUUCGAUUUGGUUUGUUUCCAGCUCGCCUUUGGUGCAUUUAUGUAGUGGUUUUUGUGCAGAAGCAGUUAGUGCUUUCUUUUGGGUUCCCAUGGAAGUUCUGAAACAAAGAGUACAGGUUCGUUCUCAACAAUCCAAUUCAUUUGCAGCACUUGGAGAUUUGUUAAAAUACGAAGGACCUAAGGCAUUGUUUAAGGGGUAUUUUCUGACGUUGGGUGUCUUUGGUCCCUAUUCCAUGAUUUACUUUGUUUGUUAUGAGCACUUCAAGUCAUGGGGAAGAAAGUGGAACAAGGUAACUGUAGAUGAGGACAACUUGCCUCUUUCUGUCAUUCUAGCUUGUGCAGCAACGAGUGGUGCAGUUGCUGCUGCCUGUACCACUCCCUUGGACGUUAUUAAGACGAGAUACCAGACUCAAGGCGAUAUUCUUUAUCAUCAUGUCAAUCGUUAUCGAAAUAGUUGGGAUGCCGUUCGUACCAUAUGGCGUCAAGAAGGAGUGCGCGCCUUUUUCCAAGGUCUUAGUGCGAGAGUUUUAUGGAUUAUGCCUGGAACGGCAAUAACUAUGUCCACCUUCGAGUGGUUGAAGAAAACUCCUCAAAAGGUGUCCAAGUCACCGUUCCUUUCGUCUACUUGAAAAUUAUUGUUGGAAUAAACGAGACCUACGUAGUUUUAUUGUGAACAACCUGAAAACUCACCUUAUCCAGUCUCAUUUCACAAAAUCAAUCAUUCCCAUCUCUUUCUUCAUCUACACACCCAUUUUUG